AUGAAGAAGAGGCAUAUUAAUGAUUUAAAUGAGGUGGAUCUGAAGUCUCAAGAAGGGAAUGAAAAAGAACUGAUGCAAAGUGAAGAAGUGGAUGAUGAAGAGGGAGAUCCAAAGGUAAUUGAGAAUGAUGAAGUGCAAAGUGAUCUAUUGCCUACCAUGAAGGUUCCUCCCCUAUCCCCUCAAAGACUCAAAAAGAAAAAGGAUAAUUUUAAAUUCAAGAUGUUCCUUGCAAAGCUUAGCAAUCUAUUAAUUAAUUUCCCGUUGCUAGAGGCAAUUCAAGAGAUUUUGAUACACGCUAAGCUUAUGAAGAAGUUGAUGUCAAAGAAACAGCUUGUUGAUGGUGAAACCAUAGAAAUUACACAUGGGUGUAGCACUAUCAUGACUAGCGCUAUUGUGGAGAAGAAAGAGGAUCUCUGGGCCUUUAUAAUCCCUUGCACCGUAAGGACACAUAAGUUUGAAAAAGCCUCGUGUGACCUUGGUACAAGCAUCAAUAUUAUUCCCUAUGCAAUCUAUAAGAAACUUGGGUUAGGCACUUCUACUCAAACAAUAAUGAGGCUACUGAUGGUAGAUUGA